CUUGCGCAGUGCUGGCGGGGAGGAGCUGGGCCAAGCAGCGGGCGAGGAAAGCUGUGAGCUACUAGCCGGGAGGACUGCUGUGCGCACCAUGGGGGAGAAAGCAGGGACCAGGGUCUUCAAGAAGUCAAGUCCUAACUGCAAGCUGACAGUGUACCUGGGCAAGAGGGACUUUGUGGAUCACCUGGAUCGAGUAGAUCCUGUGGAUGGAGUGGUGCUAGUGGACCCAGAGUACCUGAAGGACCGAAAAGUAUAUGUGACAUUGACUUGUGCCUUCCGAUAUGGUCGUGAGGAUCUGGACGUUUUGGGCCUGUCAUUCCGAAAGGACCUGUUUGCCGCCACAUACCAAGCUUUUCCCCCUGUCCCUGACCCACCCCAACCCACCACUCGCCUUCAGGAACGACUGCUGAGGAAGCUGGGCCAGCAUGCUCACCCCUUCUCCUUCACAAUUCCACAGAACCUGCCCUGUUCUGUCACACUGCAACCUGGACCUGAGGACACAGGGAAGGCCUGCGGUGUAGACUUUGAGAUUCGAGCCUUCUGUGCCAAAACACUGGAAGAGAAAAUCCACAAGAGGAAUUCUGUGCGGCUGGUGAUCAGGAAGGUACAGUUUGCCCCAGAGACACCAGGACCCCAGCCCACUGCUGAAACUGCUCGAAACUUCCUCAUGUCUGACCGAUCCCUGCACCUUGAGGCCUCACUGGACAAAGAGCUGUAUUACCAUGGGGAACCACUUAGUGUUAACGUCCACGUCACCAACAACUCCACUAAGACCGUGAAGAAGAUCAAAGUUUCUGUGAGACAAUAUGCUGAUAUCUGCCUCUUCAGCACUGCUCAAUAUAAAUGUCCAGUGGCUCUGAUAGAACAAGAUGACCAGGUGGCUCCCAGUUCCACAUUCUGUAAGGUGUAUAAUAUAACCCCACUGCUCAGUGAAAAUAGGGAGAAACGAGGACUUGCCUUGGAUGGGAAGCUCAAACAUGAAGAUACCAAUCUGGCCUCCAGUACUAUAGUGAAGGAAGGCGCGAACAAGGAGGUGCUGGGCAUCCUGGUGUCCUAUAGGGUCAAAGUGAAGCUGGUUGUGUCUCGGGGAGGGGAUGUUUCAGUGGAGCUCCCCUUUGUCCUAAUGCACCCCAAGCCUCAUGACCAUCCCACCCACUCCAAACCUCAAUCAGCUGCCCCUGAGAUAAAUGACCCAGUGGACACCAAUCUCAUCGAAUUUGAGACCAACUAUGGCACAGAUGAUGACAUUGUGUUUGAGGACUUCGCCAGGCUUCGGCUCAAAGGGAUGAAGGAUGAAGAUUAAGAUAACCAAUUCUGCUAGGGAGGGAGAGUGGAAGAGGAGAAAUGAGAUGCUGGGGGGAAUAAGAGCAAGACCAUGCUUCCUAUUCUAAUUAGGGUUCCAUAUGUCCCCCCAGCAUAAAAGCACUGUACACAAUUUUUGGUUGAGGCUGGGCAUUAAUUUUAAGCUGCAGUGGCCCCCUAUAGCAGCAGGCUGUGUUUGUAUCUCUAUUUGGGGUGGUUUUUUUGGGGGGGGGAGUGAGGAAUAAUUGAGAAGAGAGAGAACCCUCACCUUCCACACGUAUACCUGUCACUGCCUCUAUUGAACCCCUUCUGGAUUGUAGGACCCCUUUAUUGGUAGGGGGAGGAAAAUGGUCCCCUUGGGAGGCAGGGGAAUUGCUAUGGAUCUAAGCAUAAAGGAGAAUAAUUUUUUAAACCUGAAA